AUGUCAAGUUCUCAAUUAACAAAAGAAAUGCAUGACUUAGUAAAAUAAAUUGGAGAAACUCGCUCAAAACAAGAAGAAGACAAAAUAAUUCUGUAGGAGCAAACGAAGUUAAAAUCGAUAAUAAAAGACAAGAGCUAACCUAUAAAAAAGCAAAAAGAGAAUUUAAUAAAGUCCAUGUAUAUAGAUAUGCUCGGUCACGAUUCUACAUUUUGCCAUUUUAUUGCCGUCGAAACUGCUUAAUCCAAAAAUCUAAGUAUGAAAAGAUUAGGAUAUUUAACUUGCUGUUUAUUUUUGAAUGAUUAGAGCGAAUUAUUAAUCUUAUUAGUUGCGAAUUUACAAAAAGACUUAUAAUCGAAAAAUGUACACGAAAUAGUUAUUGCUUUAACUGCAUUAGGAAAAUUAAUGAAUUCUACAAUUAUAAAUGGUAUUUUAGAAUAAGUUCUUAAACUAUUAAUACAUUAAACAGAUUUAGUAAGAAAAAAAGCAAUAAUGGUAUUAUAAAAGAUACAUUAAUUAUCUCCAUCUUCGAUUCCUGAUUAUAACGAUAAAAUGAGAAAAGCUUUAUGUGAUGUUGAGCCUUCAGUUAUGGGUGCUUCUUUGAAUUUAUAUCUAGAAGCUGUAAAAGAAGACCCUAAUAAAUUCAAAGAACACACUGGAUCUUUUGUUCUAAUCUUGAAGUAAAUUAUAGAACAUAAAUUACCUAAAGAAUUUGAUUAUUCGAGAAUACCAGCACCUUGGAUAUAAAUAAAAAAUCUUCAAAUACUUGCCAUAUUAGGAAAAAAAGACUAGAAAGUAUCUGAAUAAAUAUAUGAAAUUCUAGGAUAAGCAUUAAGAAGAAGUGAUGAUACAGGAAGUAAAAUAGGUUUUGCAGUCACAUAUUAAUGUGUGAAAACUAUAGCUACAAUUUAUCCUUAUUAAAGUCUUUUAGAACAAGCAGCAUCAGCUGUCUCUAGAUUCCUUACUUCAGAUAAUAAUAAUUUAAAAUAUCUAGGAAUAAAUGCCUUAAUAUCUAUUGUUUAAGUAAAUUCUUCCUAUGUAUUAGAGCAUUAAAGAACUAUUAUGGAUUGUCUUGAAAGUAAUGAUGACACAUUAAAAAGAGAAACUAUGGAAUUACUUUACAAAAUGACAAAUAUGAAUAAUGUAUAGGCAAUAGUCGAGAGGCUUAUAAACUUCUUAAAAACAAGCUCUGAUUAAAAUUUUAGGAAAAAUUUAGUAACUAAAAUUACAUCUUUAGCCGAUAGACAUUCACCAGACUAUGAAUGGUAUUUGAAAACUAUGAAUUUUGUUUUUGAGUAUGGAAGUGAGUAUAUUGAUAAUGAAAUUCUUAAUAAUUUUUUAAGGACUCUAGUAGAAAACUUCUAAAGAAAUGGAAAUGAAUUUGGAUAAUAUUUAAUUGAUAUUUAUUUAUUAAUCAUUAGAAAAAUUAAUAUUUCAGAUACUACUUUCAAAAUGAUUUCUUGGGUUAUUGGAGAAAUAGGGUCUGCUACAUAUAGUAAUAAUAAAGAAAAACUAGAUGAAUUAAUAUAAGUAUUAUUAGAAUAUAUUACUAAUGAUUUCGAAGAUAAAAAUACUAGAGGUUGGAUGUUAAAUGCUCUUGCGAAAUUAUCUUCUUGUCCCGCUUUUUCUAUGUAAGAAGAAUUAGCAUAAUGUUUCGACUAUUAUGCGGAUUCUUAUAAUCCAGAAGUAGCCAGUAGAGCUAAAGAAUAUAAAAUUUUAUCUAAAUAUAAUGCUGCCUUAAGAUAAUCUUAAGCCUUAGUUAUUGAUCCUAAGCUUAAUUUUUUAAAUGACUUUAUAGAAAAGGCAGUAAUGAAUGGAGCAAAAAAAUAUGAAUAGUCUAAAAGUAUGAAAAUGGCUUAUGGAUAAACUACAACAUAAAAUUAAUAAAUUUAUUUCGAAGCAAAAUAAAGUGAUAAACUAUAAUAUAAAAACAAUGGAGAUUAAGAAGAAGAAUUAAAAUUGAAUAUAAAAUAAAGAAUAUAUGGUCCUGAUGGAGUAAAUGAAAUUGAAUAACCAAAACCAUUAUCUUAUAAAAUACAAGAAAACAACUCAAACAAGAAAAGUAUUUCAUCUAAAGAUUAUUAAGAGAAGCCAUAUAUUGAAGGUGUGAAAGUAGUAAGGCCAGAAAUUAAUUCUAUCUCAAGUGAUACUUAUAAAUUAAAUUAGCCAUCGAAUACAGUUGAUUAUAGAGCAAAAAUAGAAACAGAAAAUCCAAAAUAAAAACAAAGAGAUGCUUUAGCAUAAGGUCUAUUUUCAGGAAUUGCUACCAAUACUCCUUCUGUAACCAUAUAUAUUUGUAUCCAUAGAAUCUGA